GCAUCUGCACCCAAAGAUGCAACAUGUUUGGCCCUCGGUUAACCUUCUGAAUGGACUAUUGAUUGAACAGUCAAAUUAUACAGUAUGCGAUCUGUUGAGGCACUGCUGACGUUGCAGAGACACAGGCUGGUUUCAACUGUCUCGGAAUGAAUGUGCACAACUACUAUGGUGAUGACCUUCACAUUGCAUCUAGAUCUGUUUGAGAGGCAGAGAAUGCAGAACCGGAAAGCAAUGCAUCCACCCCUGUGGAAAUGAAAGAAAAAAAGGAAAAGAAAGACAAGAAAGACAAGAAAGAUAAGAAAGAUAAGAAAGAUAAGAAGGAGAAGAAGGCCAAGAAGGAAAAGAUAGGUGAGGACGAUGCAGUCUCUGUCAAGGAGUCAGAAGCAAGAGAUGCAGGAGAUGACAGGAGUCAGUCCCCAUCCGACAGUGCCCCCUCAAGCUCGGUGAAGACUGAGCCUGCACCAGCAGCUGAAGGUGAACAUCCUGGUCAGGCCAUGGCCAAAAGUACAUUGAACGCCAAGGCACUGGCAGCACUCAACAGAGCAGCAACGGCUGAUUUGCAGCACCAGGUUGAAACUGACCCCGAAAAGAACGAUGAUGAGCUGCCGGAGCUUUCCGAGCAUGUCAAGAAGCUUCGGCACCGUCAUCUCAACCAGUUUCAGCGGUCUUUGAAAAGCAAGACCACACCGGCUGAAAUCAAAGCCCUGGCUCGCGAAAUCAGAGCAGGUGGGGAUGGUGAGGGAAUGAUGCUAUUCCAUGAGACAUAUAUGUAUAUAAAUACAUAUGUAUAUAUGUAUAUAUAUAUAUAUAGACAUAUAUAUAUAUAUGUAUAUAUGUGUAUAUGUAUAUAUAUAAUACAUAUAUAUAUUGUAUUGUAUAUAAUAUGA